UCCACAACGGCCGCACGCACGGAACAGGGAAUGAAUGGCACACCCGGAUGUCGGAAGUUGUGCUGUAGCCUACUAUGUGUCUUACAAACAUAUUUGUAAAUACGGUCGCAGUUAUUUGUUCAAUAUAGCAUCGUGUCAGGGUGACAUCACGGGAAAACUCGGUUGAGAUAGUGCGGAUACAUUUCAGACCGAACAGCUGUCAGGCACCAAAGAUACAGUCAUGAGUCCAUCAGUGCGUUUGCCGGAGUUGAUCCGGGUCAUCCGCAGUGCUCGGACGCAGGGUGAGGAACGGGGCAUCAUCCAGCGAGAGUGUGCGGAUAUACGGGCACAGUUUCGACAGGGUGACAAUGGGGAGCGAUCGCACAGCCUGGCAAAGCUACUGUAUGUGCACAUGCUGGGGUACCCUGCACAUUUUGGCCAGAUGGAGUGUGUACGUCUAAUCGCCAGUCCCAGAUACAGCGAGAAGCGGAUUGGUUACCUGGGAGCAAUGAUGCUGUUGGAUGAGAAACAGGAUGCAAGUCUUUUGAUGACCAACUCUAUUAAAAAUGAUCUGUCUCAUAGCAGUCAGUAUGUUCAGUCUCUGGCUCUGUGUACUUUGGGAUGCAUGGGCUCAGCUGGGAUGUGUCGAGAUCUGGCACCAGAGAUCGAACGACUACUCAGGGCCUCUAAUUCGUAUAUCAAGAAAAAGGCCAUCCUGUGUGCUGUUCACAUCGUAAGAAAAGUCCCAGAGCUUGGAGAACUGUUCACACCAUCAGCAAAGUCUUUGUUGUCAGAGAAGAACCAUGGAGUUUUACACGGUGCUGUAGUUUUAAUAACUGAAUUGUGUGAGAAGAACCAUGAUACUCUUGGGCAGUUUCGCAAGGCUGUGCCAGAUCUGGUUCAGAUUAUGAGAAGUCUUGUGACAUCCAGCUAUUCUCCAGAACAUAACAUAGCUGGUAUCAGCGACCCCUUUUUACAGGUGCGCAUUCUUCGGUUGCUAAGGAUUUUGGGACACAAUAAUGAUGCUGCUAGUGAAGCCAUGAAUGACUUGCUGGCACAGGUGGCCACAAAUACAGACAGCAGUAAGACUGCGGGCAGUGCUGUGCUGUAUGAAACAGUUUUAACUAUCAUGGACAUCAACUCAGAGAGUGGGCUUAGGGUCCUUGCUGUAAACAUUCUGGGGAGGUUUCUUCUUAAUAAUGACAGGAAUAUUCGUUAUAUAUCGAUGACAUCACUCCAGAAGAUAGUGCAGACGGACCACAAUGCAGUGCAGCGGCACAGGGGCACUAUUGUGGACUGCCUGAAAGACCAAGACACCUCGGUGAAACGUCGAGCUUUAGAACUGUCACUCGCUCUGGUGUCGGCUGCGAACAUUCGCUUAAUGAUGAAGGAGCUCCUUAUUUUUCUUUCAACCUCUCCCGUCGAGCUUCGAUCUCAAGCUGCCUCUGGCAUCUUCAACGCUGCCGAAAGGUAUGCCCCUUCUAAGCGCUGGCACAUUGAUACCAUCCUGCAUGUGCUCACCACGGCAGGGGGCGACGUAAGAGAUGAGACCGUGCCCAACCUAAUCCAACUCAUCACAACUGCCUCUGAGCUACACUGUUACACUGUUCAAAAGCUCUAUAGAGCACUGGUUAAAGAUAUUUCACAACAAUCUUUGGUCCAGGUAGCGUGCUGGUGUAUAGGAGAAUAUGGAGACCUGCUGCUCAAAGGAGAAUGUGAGGAGAUUGAAGCUGUGCAGGUUACAGAGGAUGACGUCUUGGAUGCUUUAGAAACAGUUUUACAUUCUCACAUGUCAUCACCGGCAACCCGAGGCUUUGCGCUCACUGCUACCAUGAAGCUGAGCACUCGCAUCACAGAUAAUGUCGAUCGAAUCAGAAGUAUUGUCAGUAUAUACGGCAGCUGUAUUGACCUGGAACUUCAACAAAGGGCAGUGGAGUAUAAUGCGCUCUUUAAGAAAUAUGACCACAUGAGAGCUGCAGUGUUAGAGAGAAUGCCAGUGAUGGAUAAAAACUCACCUGGCCACACCAAUGGAGACAUAACAGGAGAUCUGGUUAAGGAGCCUGAACUAUCCAAACCAGUUGAGGCAGGAUUACCCUCCCAAUCGACAAGCGAGGUGUGUGACCUUUUGGAUCUCUUGGGUGGAACCGAUACGCCCAUCCCGGCCCUUACGAGCACUCCACCAUUAACUACUUCUAGUGCUGGAGAUCUUCUUGACCUUCUGGGAGGACUGGAGCCUACGCCAGUGGUUCCCAAUGAGACGGUCUACGAGAAGAAUGGAAUAACCCUAAAGUUACAAUGUGACAGACAGACAGAAACAGAUGUCACAGUCACCCUCAUUGCUUCUAACUCCACUAUGAAUGACAUCACCAACUUCACUCUGCAAGCAGCAGUACCAAAGAGUGUUCAGCUGCAAAUGAAGGCUCCGAGUGGUAAUGUGAUUCCAGCCCACGGCCUCGGUCAAGUCACACAAACUGUUUUACUCAACAACCCUAACAAGGUGAGCCUAAAGAUGCGAGUCCGAGUGUCUUACUCUCAUCAGGGCACAAUGUGUCAGGACAUGGUACAGAUCGACUCCUUUCCAAGCCCUGUCUGGAAGUGACAGCCAUAAGUGAGCCCCUUGUGAAAGACCUGCAUAAGUCCAGUCCACCUUGAGGCGAAGCUUCAUGUCAUCUGUUUCAUCAAGACAGACACUACGCUAUCUGGCAGCUGUCUUUCAGCUCUGUCUUUUGGCUACAUGACACAAGUCAUUGAUUAUUGCUGGUAGACGUGAACUGAAGUGCUGUCUCAGCACAGAUUUUAUAUGACAGAUGUUUUUGAACAUUCAGAGAGUAAAUACUCAAACUAAUUCACACAUUUUUAAGCUCUUUGCACCAUGCCACACAGGAGGUGGUUUCCAUUAGGACUUUUUGUUUUUACAAACUUUACUUGUAUGGGACAAACAAUGUUUUCAGGUAUGUUGAUGUUUUCAGUUAAAACCAAUCAAAGAAGCAUUUUAGUCUGGGAUUAGUCUUGAACCUGAAGUCUGGGAAACCACCCCUAAAAAUCAAUCUGUUAACAAGUAAGGCCCUGUCCCAAAUGGCGCACUUCAUGUGGACUUUUGGUCUCGUAGCCUUAAAUUGCGCGUUCUCGCUUAGUCUAUGAGUCCGUAGGGUGUCCCAUCUGUCAUUUUUACGCUUUGAAGUGUGCUCAUCAGCGCCUCCUUUCCCCCCUUGAUGCGGUCUUCAGCGAAGCCCGCACUGCAGCAGUCUUCACGCACUUUCCCAACCCAGAAGUCCUUGCAAAAGGGCAAUCAGACGAGGGAAGGGAGGAGUUCACACUGACGGGCAACUUCUCCACCUAUUUCCGGUGUGAUGCUCGAGUCUGUCCCAAAAUACGACUCCGGUGCACCCACGUGGACUCGCAUCAAGGGUCCCUAAAGUCUGGACUACGUGAUGUCAUCAAAGUGUGGACUCUGAGGAGGACCACAAGUCCGGAGUGUGCCUUUUGGGACAGGGCGUAUAUGAACUUGAGUUUCAGGUUUUAUCUGAAGUAACCAGAUUAAUUCCUAUGUAGUAGUGAUGGGCGAUUUGAAGCACUGCUUCAUGAAGCCUCAAAACAUUUACGAAUCUUUGUUGUGAAUCAGUGGUUCGGAGUGUGUUUCAAACUGGCCAAGUCAUGUGAUUUUAGCAAACGAGGCUUCAUUACAUCAUAACUGUUUCGAAAAUCCACCUGUUCACCACUGGGAGAUUGAUCACAAAGCAAACCCAUUGACCAGUGUCAUAUGGUUAGGUUAACUUGAGUCAGUUUUAUUAUGCAAGUAAUAUUUUGCCUUCUUUUUGUUUUUAUACAGAUUUUAAAGUGUUAAUAUACUGUUUGCCCUGAAUUAAACUAAAAACACAGAAUACACUUUUAUCUAAAGUUUUUAGGUUAAAUAAUUGUUUCUCAAAAACAUAUUUUUAGAAAAAUCUUAAAAUGAUUGUGAAUUUUUUUUUAAAGAAAUUGGUUCAAUUGAUUUGAAGCUUCGACGAGCUUAGUUUCUCCCAUCACUACUAUGUAGGCAGAUGUUCUGCAUGUUAAGCCUCCUAACCAGUUAGUCUACUCUGAAAACUAAUAACAUAAGAUGUGAUGUCAGUU